UGGAGGGAGAGACGGCAACACACACACACACAGGAAGCUGGAACAGGAUUAUUACCAUAGAGUCAGACCAGAGACUCAGUAAGACCGAAAGAGCUGUCGCCUCACUGGCAGCAGUAUUUAUUCCCUAUUUAUGAUUUACUCUGGAAUUGAGAAGGCGGAAGAAGCGGCUGUCAUCAUUAGUUUUUUUUUAUAUCUGUGCCCGUGUUUUAAUUAUUUGCAACCGGGCUGUGAAUGAACUGGACGAUGUUUGGGCUCCUUCUACGCAGGAUAACGGCGCUUUUCUGGAUUUUCCUCAGCAGCGGCAUCAGCAGCGUGGGACUGGCAGCAUCCCAGAAAUGUGAUGAACCACUGACUGUCGCACUUCCCCACUCUUCCUUUAGUAGUUCAUCUGUGAUGUCAGGCAGCUAUGUACCUGGCUAUGCUAAACUGAAUAAGAGAGGAGGUGCUGGUGGCUGGUCCCCUCUCGAUUCUGAUCAUUACCAAUGGUUGCAGAUGGACUUUGGAAACAGGAAACAGGUCACGGCUGUAGCAACACAAGGCAGGUACAGCAGCUCAGACUGGGUGACACAGUACAGACUACUUUAUAGCGAUAAAGGGCGGAACUGGAAACCUUACCAUCAGGAUGGCAACAUCUGGGCCUUUGCAGGAAACACAAACUCAGAUGGAGUAGUGAGACAUGAUUUACAGCAUCCAAUCAUAGCACGCUAUGUACGUUUAGUACCACUGGACUGGAAUGGUGAAGGUCAUAUCGGGUUGAGAAUUGAAGUCUUUGGUUGCCCCUACUGGGCAGAUGUUAUCAAUUUUGAUGGCUACAGUCCAUUAUCCUAUGUGUUUAGAAAUAAGAAAAUGAAAACACUAAAGGAUAUUAUUUCACUGAAGUUUAAAACAUCUGAGAAUGAAGGUGUUAUAUUCCAUGGCGAAGGACAGCAAGGAGAUUAUAUAACGCUUGAAAUCAAAAAAGCAAAGCUGGUUCUUCGUGUGAAUUUAGGUAGCAAUCAACACAGUUCUAUCAAUGGUGACACCUCUAUUACAACUGGCAGCCUUCUGGAUGACCACCACUGGCACUCAGUGAUCAUUGAACGCUAUGGACGCAAUAUCAAUUUUACAUUAGACCGAGAGACUCAACAUUUCAGGACCAAUGGAGAAUUUGACCACUUGGACCUUGACUACGAGCUCAGUUUUGGAGGAAUGCCAUUUUCUGGAAAGCCGAGUUUUAAUGGAAAAAAUUUUAAAGGCUGCAUGGAAUCUAUAAAUUAUAAUGGAAUUAAUAUCACUGACCUUGCCAGGAGGGGGAAACUGGACACAUCUAAAGUGGGUAAUCUGAGUUUCUCCUGUGUGGAAUCUCGUGCUGUACCUGUGUUCUUUAAUAGCAGCAGUUAUUUGCUGUUGCCUGGACACAUGAACCAGGACUUGUUUUCCAUCAGCUUUAUGUUUCGAACAUGGAAUCCCAACAGUCUGCUACUUUUCAGCAAAUUUGCCCCAGGUUAUGGAAUGGUGGAAAUCAACCUUAGUGAUGGAAAAAUCAGCAUUAACAUCAGCAUCAAUCAGACAAAGAUGAACACCAUUGAGAUGUUUGCAGGUUUUGGGCUCAAUGAUGGACAGUGGCACACAGUACAAUUUCAUGCCAAAGAAAAUUCUGCAAUCCUCACUAUUGAUGGUGAUGAUGCCUCUGCUGUACGGACAAACAGUUCAAUGCAAAUCAAAACUGGAGAUCAAUAUUUCUUUGGAGGUUACCCUGAUCUACUGAACAACACAAAACCAAGUCUUUCUCGGCGUUCCUUUCAAGGCUGCAUGCAACUUCUUCAUGUGGAUGAUCAGCUGGUUGACUUACAUGCUGUUGAGCAAGGAAAACUCGGGUGGUUUACCAAUGUUAACAUUGACAUGUGUGCUAUCAUAGACAGGUGCUUACCAAAUCACUGUGAGCAUGGAGGAAGAUGCACACAAACCUGGGACACCUUUACGUGUAACUGUGAGGGAACAGGAUAUUCUGGGGCAACAUGCCAUAACUCUAUGUAUGAACAAUCCUGUGAGGCAUAUAAGCAUCUUGGUAAAACAUCGGAUACUUACUGGAUCGAUCCUGAUGGCAGCGGUCCACUAGGACCAUUCAAAGUCUACUGCAAUAUGACAGAAGAUAAAGUCUGGACGACAUUAUACCAUGACAUGCCACAGCAAAGAACAAUUUCUGGAUCUACUCCAGAGAAACCUGUUGUUGUGAAGUUGAAUUAUAGCACCUCACUGAAUCAGAUCUCUGCUGUUACGAAAAGUGCAGAGUAUUGUGAACAAUAUGUGUCAUACUCUUGCAGGAUGUCGCGACUGUUGAACACUCCAGCUGGAAAUCCAUAUACUUGGUGGAUAGGAAGAGGAAACGAGAAGCAUUAUUACUGGGGAGGUUCUGGCCCUGGAAUACAGAAGUGUGCUUGUGGGAUUGAGCGAAAUUGUACCAAUCCAAAGUAUUACUGUAACUGUGAUGCUGAUGCCAAACAGUGGAGAAAGGAUACUGGCCUUCUCGCCUAUAAAAGUCAUCUGCCUGUAAGCCAGGUAUUAGUUGGAGACACCAGCCGUUCAGGAUCUGAAGCAAGACUUGCAGUUGGUCCACUGCGUUGUCAAGGAGACAGAAACUAUUGGAAUGCUGCCUCAUUCAAUACACCUUCAUCCUAUCUGCACUUCUCAACUUUCCAUGGAGAGACCAGUGCUGACAUCUCAUUUUACUUCAAGACCUCUGUUCCUUAUGGAGUAUUCCUCGAAAACUUGGGCAAUACAGACUUUAUAAGGCUUGAGCUGAAAUCACCUACUGAGGUAACGUUUUCAUUUGAUGUGGGUAAUGGCCCAGAGGAGCUAACAGUGAGAUCUCCAAAUCCUUUGAAUGAUGACCAAUGGCAUCGGGUAAUUGCUGAACGCAAUGUGAAGGAAGCAAGCCUUCAAGUGGAUCUACUGCGCAGGGAUUUCAGGAAGGCACCAAGUCAGGGUCAUACUAGACUGGAACUCUACAGCCAGCUCUAUGUGGGAGCCGCUGGCGGUCUACGAGGUUAUCUUGGUUGUAUCCGGUCUUUACGAAUGAAUGGUGUUACUCUCGACCUUGAGGAGAGAGCAAAAAUUACUCCAGGGGUGAAACCUGGCUGCUCAGGCCAUUGUACCAGUUAUGGCAUGUAUUGUCGAAAUGGUGGAAAGUGUGUGGAGAAGUACAAUGGCUACUCGUGUGACUGUAUUCAUACUGCAUAUGAUGGUCCCUUCUGCACUAAAGACGUUGGUGGGUUUUUUGAGGCUGGGACAUGGAUACGCUACAACUUCCAGUCUCCUAUGGACAUUCCUAAGGACUUCAAGAGAGCACCACAGGCAGUAAACCCCAACCUUACCUUGACCAAAGAAGAUCUGGUUUUCAGUUUCAGCACAACAAACACGCCCAGCAUUCUCCUGUAUAUUAGCACCUACUCCCCGGAUUACAUGGCCGUGAUUCUGAAACACAAUGGAAGUCUUCAGAUUCGGUACAAUCUAGGAGGUACAAAGGAACCUUUCAGAAUUGACCUAAACCACAGAAAUCUGGCUAAUGGACAACCACAUAGUGUCAACAUCAGCAGACAUGGGAAGGAACUAUAUCUCCAGCUGGACCAUUAUCCUGCAGUACCUUACAGCCUGCCACCAACGACAGAUAUCGAGUUUAACUUUCUGAAGACACUGUUCCUAGGGAGAGUUGUUGAAAUUGGAAACAUUGACCAGGAGGUACAGAAGUAUAAUACUCCAGGCUUUGUCGGCUGUCUGUCACGAGUUCAGUUCAAUGACAUUGCACCACUCAAGGCUGCACUGAGACCCAGCGCCUCUUCACCAGUCAGUGUCCAAGGAGAAUUUGUUGAAUCAAAUUGUGGAGCAUCCCCUUUAACCAUUUCACCAAUGCCAGCUGCAACAGAUCCAUGGCAUUUUGGCUCAGCUAGUGCAGAAUUUCCUUACAACGAAGAGAGUACAAUCACAGAUGGAGUGAAUCGAAAUUCAGCAAUUAUUGGCGGUGUUAUUGCAGUUGUAAUCUUCACCAUCCUUUGUACAUUAGUCUUUUUGAUCCGUUAUAUGUUCCGCCACAAAGGAACCUACCACACCAAUGAGGCCAAGGGGGCUGAAUCUGCCGAGAAUGCUGAUGCAGCUAUAAUGAACAAUGAUCCCAACUUCACAGAAACCAUUGAUGAGAGUAAAAAGGAAUGGUUCAUCUAAAAUGCUUGCAGAAAGAUUCUCCACUGAUGUUAUUUUGGUGAUUCUGAAAAGAUGAGCACAAGUGAACCAAAAUGGAAAACACACACACAAAGAGGGAUUAAGAUUCAAAAGAAAACUAAAUAUAUGAUACUAUGGAUUAGCACCGGUUUUGAAAAGAAUUUUCCCAAGUAUGUAAUACUAAUUGGAAUGCAUUUACACUUCAGAACAAAAAGCUGAUAGUUUAGAUGAUUACGCAUAUGCCAAAUACCAAUUGUAAAUAUGUUUUAUGUAGAUCAUACAAGUACAAAUGAUAUGUUUUUGUUGCUGAAGACGCUUAUGAAGUUCCUGUAUUUUACAAUGAAAACAGAUAAAUCUUCAUUGCCAGAGUUUGUGCAAAGAAUAAUUUGGCAUGCUGUGGUUAAAAAAAAACAUUUUUUUAAAUUAUAAUUUAAGCUGGUUCCAUUUCUUUUUAAAUUUUUAUUUUGUUUCUUAAAAGAAAAGCUGUUCUCUCAAGCUAUUUGAUUGGCAAGUUAUAAAUAAAAUGGUCACAGAGAUGUGUGUUAAUACCUACACUCUUGUGUGUAUGUGUGAGGGAGAAUACGUGACCAGAGUGCAUGAUGGGAACUACCAGAGUCUCUCUUCACCCAUGGUGCCCUGACUAACUGAAGAAUGCUGAAGUGUACACAGCAAAUAAUUUUAAUCUUUCAUUUGUAUUGCUCAACAAUUUCUGUUCCUAAUCGUUUAUCACUGUAUAAAUUUUCUAUUCUUAUAUUUUAUAAAUGUUCAUUAUCUUGUC